CAGAGGGCGGAGAGAGCAUGAGAGAGUGAGAGGGUGGCAGCGGAUAGACAGAAAGACAGGCUAGCCGACAGUAAAAUAGAUGUUUAAGUUGAAUAUAACAUGAAUCGUGAAUAUACUUUCUUCUAUUAAAUACAAAUCUGAGGUAACAUUUUUUACAUAAAAGAAAUUUAAAAAGGAAACAGAUUAAAGCUGCUAUACGGUUUUCAAAAAAACAGACUUAUUACUUGGUAUGUUAUAAAAGGUGUGUUAAAUUAGAAUAAAUGGGUAAAAUAAAAAAGAGGCCUGAAUUAUAUCACAAUAGUCAAUUACAAAAUGUGCUUCGUAACUUGAUGCUACGUGACUGUGGUCUUCGUACAACACGUAAGACUACUACUAAAGAAUUAGAACCACUUGCAGAAACAAAUUUUAUUCAUAAAAAUUUUAUAGAAUUGAAAUGCGAUUUACCAGGUGUGCCUAGAACAACUUUUUUAAUGGUUUUUAGUCCUGAUGGUACAAAGGUGGCAUCUACACAUGGAAAUCAUAAAAUUUAUAUAACAGAUUUAACAACUGGAAAGAAUAUUAGAAUUCUUUCUGGUCAUCCACGCACACCAUGGUGCAUAGCAUUUCACCCAUCAUCAAAUGAAAUUUUAGCUUCUGGAUGUUUAGGUGGCCAAGUUCGUGUUUGGGAUCUCAGUGGAGGUAGUGAAAUUUGGAACUCCAAAAGUCAAAUAGCUUCAUUAGCUUUUCAUCCUGUAGAUAGAUUGCUUGCUAUUGCUACUUAUAAUGAAGUUCAUUUUUGGGAUUGGAGUAAUGCACAGCCUUUUGCUUUUGUUUCUACAAAAAGUCAUAAAGAAAAAGUUCGGUAUGUUGCCUUUGACAACUUAGGUAGAAAACUAAUUACAGGUAUUGCAAAUCCAUUUCAAAAUUCUCAAUGGGAUCGACCUCCAGUAGAACACUUAAUAAGGUCUAUUCCAUUUUCAAGAGCUGCAGCACUCAGAGAUAAUCGUUUUCCAAUAUCAUCACGAAUCAAUCGUUCAGCCUUCCUUCACGAAAAUUCAAGCUUGAAUAGAUUAGUACCUGAGAUCGUUAUCGAAAGAAUACCUGGUGAAGAUCAUGUUGGAAGCAUCCCUCCUUUCCCUGCAUAUAGUAGUAACGCAAGUAGUAACUCGUUAAACGAUACUCGGACGGUCCAAAAUUAUCGUUUGCCAGUAGCAACGCCACGAGUUACGUGGUUACUAGUUCCUCAAGAAUCAGAGACAGCAACAGCAGGCACUAACAGUAGAUCAUUAUUACCUGACAUAGUUUUCGAACGAAUUCCUGAUGAAGAUACAAAUAAUGCAUCACCUUCUACCAAUAAUAAUGCAAAUAAUUCAAGACCUGAUGAGUCGGAGGACGAAAGUAACGACGAAGAUUUAUUUAAUGCUGAUUAUUCACAAAUAUAUCCAAGUCGUUCACUUACCCUUGAUACACAUCUUAGGCGUCGAUGGAAUAUUUUUAUAUUUAGAGAGUGGAGUCAUAGAAGACUUGUGGAUCAAUUUGAAAGCACUUAUAGAUCAUAUUUUAAUACAUCGCGGCGCAGAGAGAUGAUUGACCAUGGUGCAGAUAUUCUGAAUAGAGAGCGGAAUUCACGAGUUAGUAAUACGAACAAUCACUUCCCUGUUGAGGAUUUCGCACAGAUACUUCGAAACAUUCUGAAUUUCAGUGCAUAUGAGACAAAUCUUAGUCUAGAUACCCUUCAGCGCAAUCUACCUCUUUUGAUGGAGCAGCCCAGCCAGUUUGCUCAAAGCAAUAUGAUCUUCUUUCAGCAUUAUUUGCAUGACACUGGCCAAAGCAAUACCAUUUGCCUACUGAAUUUACAUAAAUUGCGAGAAGGUCUGCGUUCACGUAUCACUGCAAUGAUAAAUCAAGCAAGUGGUCGCAAUGAGAGACUGCAGGCUUUUCUUAAUAUUUUGAACGAUGAAGUACAAGCCUUGAAUGUUAUGGAGAGGCAACUAGUGAAUACAAUUUUGCGCAUUGAAACGCUGUGGAAUGAAAUAUCUCUGUUCAAUAACGAAAUACGCCCACGACAAUCAACGGUAACUACAGAUUCGACGUUACGAACAGCAGUUAGGCGAUCGCUAACAGCAGACGACGAAGAACAACCACAAACAUCAAGACGAAGACUACAGAAUGAUGAUGAUGACAGAAUCGAAGAUGUACCUGAUUACAUCACAAGUUCGCUAUCAAGCAAUAACAAUUUUAACAGUAAUGCGUACUCUCAACGCGGCGGCUUUAAUUUUUCUAUUUCCUCGCGUUCAGCAUUCCAACCAACACGCUCGAGUAGUCAACGUAGCAACAUGGAUUCAUAUAAUGGGUUUAGAAAUUUUGAUCGCAACGAUUUCAGUUCAUCACCAUCUGCUCCUAGUAGAACUGAAACUAAUAUUGAUCUAAGCCACUUCAACACUCCUGGCCUAUCACGUACUAUCCGCAGUGCUAGACGUAUGGCUCUCAACAGCUUUAACAGAUUUUGGGAAGCGUUUCAGAACUAUCUAAAUAAUAUUAAUUUAAAUGAUCACACCCUAAACGAGAAUGAGACUACAGGCGAACAGUCAGACAACGGCUAUUGGCUUCUUGAGGAGAAUAGCAACUCAGACUCGAAUCACGAGGAAUCGAACGGUGUCAUGAAUUCGACCACAGAGCCGAGGCGUCGAGCCAGUCGGUGGAUACAGUUAAAUUCAUCUAGUAGAAAUACUGAUACAGCUAACGAUAAUUCAAGAAUUUUGGGUAGCAGAUUAAUAAGCGAUGAAUGGGAAUCAAGCUCGUUCCGCUUCCAGUCUCAGAGUAACGGUGGCGGUAUGAAUGAAAACAGUUGGUCGCCAAUCUCAGCGAGCUCAACACGUUACGAGCAACCACCACUUUUUCCCUUCAGAAGCUUGCGUGAGACGAUGCGCCGGCGAAUGGAAAUGACUCAUAUUAGAGUCCAGGCGAACACCGAAUGCAGUGUUAAACAGAGCACCAAUCUUCAAAAUUUGAUUGGACAAUCUAGUAGCAGAACAACUGAAUCAGAGGCUAAUCACGACGUAAAUUCAAGUGUUACUGUUACAGCCACUGCUACUUCGAACAUCACGCAAGCUCCGAGCAUCGAUAGAAUCACGGAUCACAAUGAGGAUUUUGGAUUAUUUGAUCGACAAAAUAAUAACAUUCAUCGUUCUGAUUUGACAAGUCAAGAAAUCAGUCAACUACAACAGGUUCGCUUAAUGUGGGAAAGACUUCAAUGGCGCAUUCGAUACCUUUACAUAGCCAUUCACAUUGAAAGAAUGUAUAAUAAUGAUAAUUCACAGACUAAUACAAACAGAUUGGGAUUAGGUGGUCCAUCAACAUCUGGAGCAGAAUCUACAACUUUAAAUACUGAGUUUCAAACUGAAACUGCACGCAAUUUUAAGAAAACUUUGCUAGAGAAUUAUAAAAAACAGAUUGUCGAAAAUGAAGCAAAUCAACCACAACCAUCUACAUCUACAAUUUCAUCACCUAUUAUCAAUCGAAAUCUUCCCAGUACUUCCCAUUCUCAAUCUGUCAUGAACAACGAUGGCUUUAAAAACGGCAAGAAUGAACCAUCUAACUCAACUAAUUUAAACCUGUCUAUGCAACCAAACAAUGUAAAAUUAGAGUGUCUUGCAAAUGUUUACAAGCUCCUUGACAAAUUUUUUUCAAAACAGAGAAUUUUAAAAUCUAGAGAGCAACUUUUACAGUUUUCACUACCAGGACCCUCAAAUGAUCAUACUUAUUCAAAUUUAUCAUCCUAUAAUAUCAAUACGAACCCUAAUGAUAGUACGUCAUUACCAAGCACAUCCAGUCACGUGAGCGAUAUUUCGGGUAGUCUUUCGAGUUCCUUGUGCUUGCCCAAUGUACUAAAUUUAUGUAUAAAUAGCAGUAGUAAUGCAUCUACUAAUAAAAAUAUAAAGUCUACUACAAAUAGUGGUGAACCGAGCACUUCAUCUUCAAAUAUAAAUAAUAUGGCGGUAGGAAGUACCUCUUCUCAAAUACAUAAUUCAACUUCAAGUAAUAUUAUUGAUUCACCCGUGAAUAGUACAAGUUUUCCAGAAUGGCAAUCUAGAUAUCGAAGAGUUUGGCAUUAUGGACAAAGAUUGUCAAUUCAUCGUCGCUAUAUGAAGCGAUUACAUCGUAUGAGAAGUUUUAAUCAACGUUUCCUGCAGUAUGAUCAAAUUUGGCGUAAUCCUCCCGAAUCCCUUCAAACUAUUAUCACAGGCUUACAGACUCUGAUUUAUCAGCAGACGUCGUUUGCACGUCGCAACAGUGACCUACAAUAUGAAAAUUCAGAAAUAAUUGAUCAUAUACGGGAAAUAACACGAUUGCAAGCAAGACAAACUCUCAGUCUUAUAGUUGAAAGAUUGACUCGUUUUUUUGAGGACAUUCAGCCAGGAAAUGACAGCCACAACAAUAUUCUUAAUGAACAGGUUAAUAGAAUAUAUAUGUUACCAAGGCUUGGUAUACAACUAACGGAUUUAUUACUUGAACAACUCACCUGUUCAACGCAAAAUGUCAACAGUCGUGAUUCAAAUAGAUCCACAACACAACUAGCAACUCGUAAUGAGCAGGAAUUAAUGUCAACAGAAACGACUACAAUAUCAGUAAACAGAAUCCAAUCGCCAACCAGUACUACACUACAAAAUAAUUUUCCAGAAAUAGUAAAUACCGGUAUAAAUAGUAACUCUGAUGCCACAAAUACGUCUUCGUCGCAAAGUACGUUCAUGUCAGCAGUGAGUGGGGAAGCAGCAAAUAUAAUAACAGCCGCAACAUCAAGUAACACAAAUGAAUUUGAAAAUAGCGACAUUUUGCUUACAAACGACUCUCGCAACGAGAACGCCUUGUCUGCCGAAAUUCAAAGCAUCAUUGAGAGAAUACAGAGUAACGGGGCUGAAACGAGUGACUCAAGUCAGCGUUACCAAAGUAGAAGUGGGUUGAAUCCACACUCUGAUAAUGACAGCGACGAGCAUUAUGAAGACGAUGACAUGUCUAGUAGGAUUGCUAAUGAGAAUCGAGUCAAUAGGAGGGAAUCGCCUCGAAUAUGGUCGGAGACUUCUCAUAUUUCUGGUCAACAGAAUCAACAUCGUUUCGAUGGUUUAAUGAUGAUGGGUCAAUUACUCUAUCUCGAAUCUUUUCCGGGUUCACAAAGUGCUGGUAUCAAUAGGCAAGAAAUGCCACCACGCGAACGCAAUUCCACUGUCGACCUUAUUGCAAAUCGAGCACGCUUUGAUGCACAUAUCGAGGGUGUCAGAGGCUCUUCCUCAACUACUUCGCGACAAGACUUCAACGUGCCAGUGAUACGUAUCAACAAUUUACCAGUAAACGAGAUUGGAGGCACGUCGUUGGGCCGAAGGCGUCGGCCACGAUCGCGAGCUCUCCGGUCUGAACUUUUGUAUGGUGUCGCCCACAGAACGGAGAGAAGUACCGCAGGCGUUAGCACCAGGAGUUCAAACCCUAAUACAAGUAGUAAUCCUGUUGAUCAACCAGCCUCGCCAUCAUUCUCAAACAGCUUUAGAAGCCAGAUUCAACGGUUCUUAACACAGGCUACUUGGAGAGAUGGCUUUGUUUCUCGAUCACAGGGACACUUCAGAGCUGGUGAAAGUUCAAGUGGAAGUCAGGAGCCUGAAACUGAUAGUGAUGUAGAGAUUAGAGAUCAUCAAAUAAACAUGGCUUUUAAUGGAUUCGAAAUUCAAAGUUAUCGAAUACAAGCAUGGGAUUUUUCUUCUAUUCCUGACAUACACGAUCCAAAAAAAAAUGUGAUUGUACAAGAGUGUAAGAUUCACAAUGAUGCUAGUAUUGAUAUUUCAUCUGAUGGGACUUUAUUAGCAACUUUAUUGCCAUCGUCUAGAUCAAAUCCACUGACAACAAUAGGUGUAUAUAGUCUAGAGUGGGAGACUUUAGGUGAAAAAGUUUAUUCAACGCAAACUGACCAAACAGUUAUCUCAGUCUCAAUGUCACCUACAAAGCAACACCUCCUUGUUGGUUUAGCUUCGCGUCGAAUUCAUAUACCUGCACGACCGACUCCUAUGGCAUUUAUCUAUAAACUAAUUGAACCUGAGGAGAAGUUGCUAUCUACGAGCAAUCAGGACACAGACAGUGUCUACAGCCAAGAGCAUUCGGAGAUUGGUCGACGGGACGUCGAUUUUCUCUGUUUCUUCAAUAAUUACUUCAAUGACUUGCGUCGACUAAUGACCAAUGUGGAGCAGCAGAUUGAAAACCAACAACAACCAUCCCAAUCAACAAACAGUAAUAACCACGAUUGGCGAGCACAAAGCGAUGGAACUGCAACACGAAUUACGAAAUCUAGUAGUAGUACCAAACAAAAUAGAAAAAGUAUGGUGCUAUUACGUGAAUUACUGCAAAAUUACGAGACCUCAAGUUAUGCGAGUCUUAAUUGUAUUAGAUGGGCGCCACAGCCUGGUCAGGGCAUGGUUUAUGCCACUAAUACUGGUUUAUUAAAUAUAUUAUAUUAGAGAAACUUUAUCGAUUAUAAUUUUAACGUACUAAGCGUUUUAAUAAAUUAUAUAAUUGUACGAGAGUAAUGGAAAGUUUUUUUGUGUGAUACAAUAAACUGUAUUCUUAUAAUUUUGACCUGCAGUCGAUAAUAAAAAAGCUGCGGUAUAAAAAUAUUGAUAUAAUAUUGUAA